AUGAUGGCAUCGACGCCGAUGCCCCCGCACUUUCCUCCCGAUAUUUUCGGAGGAACUCUCGACUUUGGCGACCGCCCGCACCACGCCACCCGGCCCGGUAAUCAGCCCACUCUGUUGAGUCUAGACCACAAUCGCCCCAACGCCUUUGACGAACCGACCAGGGCCACCGUUGCGAGGGUGCAAUCACGCCAGGUCUCAGAUCUACAGCAUCAGCUGCCACAGCAUGAGCUCCAUCAUUCAGCCCUGGGACUGGGGUUGACGCAUGCAGACUAUGCCCACCAACACCAAUCCGGUCCAGGGGCAACGUCUCUGGCCGAUCAGCAGAGCUCGCCGCCGCUGCUCCGUCCGCAGGACCAACAGCAACAGCCCGACGCAUGGCUCCCGCGCGAAUAUGGAGUGGUCCCUGUGUACCAUGGCAGCCAGCAGCAGCAGCAGCAGCAGCACGCCGAUGCGACGUCUUCUCCCCCCUCCUUCUCCGCCACGGCAGCAGCAAGCGUCAACCCAUCUGCCACCAUUCCUGCUGCAGGAGGUCCGGGCGAUGACAGCAGCGACAGCAUCGGCAUCGGCCGUCACUUGUACGAUUUCGUGUUUGCUGCACCGCCACAGGGCGAGCCGUUGUUCCUUGGCCAAGAAUACGCCGACAUCACGCCACUCUCCUCCGCAGCGAACCGGCAACCGCCAACAACCAACUUGGGCCUCCAUCCUUCGCCGUGGCGGCCUGGGGUUCAUGACAGCAGCUCCGUUACUUUGACGCCCAGCAUUGCAGCCGUCGCCGCAGCCGAGCUGAACCACGACGCCCGAAAGCACGGCAAAGGUAGCAUGGAGACCGACAGCGACGUCAGGGACCCUUCGCGGGACGACGAGGAAAGCGCAGUGCCGAAGGCAUGGGGCCGCGGGGCCGCAGGGACGCGCAAGGCGCACAAGACAUUGCCCGGGGCUCGCAGGCAGGAGAGGAAGGGCAAACGCCGCGCCGAGGGCGGCCACGACCACAAUGACGAAAAUGACGACGACGACGACGACGACGGAAGAGGAGGGCCCGCCAACCCCGCGGACCGCACCGGCGUCAGCGGCCGAUCGAUCAAGUCCGCCUCGGCCGUCUCGUCGGCCGGCUCUUCCGCCGGCUCGAGCGGCAAAGCGGCGGUGCCGGCUCCACCGCGCCUGCGCAGCGCCUCCCGCACGUCCAAGAACCAGUCGCAGAAGCAGACGGAGACGCCCGAGGAGCGGCGGACGCGCGCGACACACAACCUGGUCGAGAAGCAGUACCGGAACCGGCUCAACGCCCAGUUCGAAGGGCUUCUCCACGCCCUGCCGGAGCAGGUGCGCGGUUCGGCCGGAGCCGGCGCCGGGAACGGCGACGAGUCAGACCCGUCACAGCAGGCGGACCAGGAGCGGCGGGUCAGCAAGGCCGAGGUGCUGGACAUGGCGCGCCGGCACAUCAAGAGCCUGGAGCAGGAGCGGGAGGCGCUGCACCGCGAACGCGGCGAGCUGCUGCGCAGCCUGGAAACGUUGGAGAAGGAGGCGGUCAUGGGCGAGACAAGCGCGUCCUCUUGGAGCAAUGCCUAG